AUGUUGCGAGAUGAUCUUCAAAUCUUCUGUAAUUUAACACCAUGCAAUCGUCAAUGUCACCUUUUUCACACGCCAUAUCCUUCACGUGCUUCAUCAUCGAAUAAUCUUAAUGAUGUGCAUCGUAUCACAAAUAAUGCUUCAAUAUCAAUUUCAACUCGAUUUUCUUCAAAAAAACAUUCUGAAUUAACUUCGGGACGCGAGGAAAGUGAAACUUGUUCGGAAGGAACUAGCACUGCGAAAAACAAUUUGGAACGCAACAGCACUGGGAAUAGUAUCAUAACAUUAGACGACAUCAUUGCUUAUGCUCGCCGCAAAACAAGCGGUGAUAUGAGUAAUGGAACGUCAAGACCUUUAAGGAUUUUAAAUUCACCAGGUGGUGGCAAAUAUCUCCAUACGGAUUCGAGGAAACCGUCAAAUAUUUCCGAUGCGACUACGGAUGUUAUACAUGAUGUUGUAUUCACUGAUUGCCUAUUAUUUUCAGACGAUGAAUCACUUUCGGCUCUACCUCCCUCAUCCUUAGAGUCAGACGAUGAUGCUAAUACAUCGAAGGCGGAAUCCCUCUCUCACAAGUUGAAUCAGAAAUGA